AUGGCGGUCGCGAGUCACGAAGUAACGCCUGAUGCUUUACCAUAUUAUGAUCAAGGUUACGAGGAACCUGAAGUGCGGGAAAUGGUAUGAUUGCUUUCUUUACAAUCUAGAGUAAUAAUUCAAGGCUAUUGUGUAUUAAUUUUAUUAAUAGUGUUGUGGAAUUAGCAAAUAAACGGCGCUUCUUUUACCCUGGUAACCCUGGUUGAAAAUAAUAAAAAUAAACCUCUGGAACCAGGGUACGCUUCUUUUAAAUUAAUACAGCACCCACUGACCACUGUAGUUUAAUAUGAAAUAUGAAUAAAAAUUAGAGAAUUGUUGAAUAGUUUUGUAAAGUGAAAUUACCAAAAUUUAACAUUGUCAAAAAGUUAAUUUCCCUGCCUUGUCCUGGGGGUCGGGCUUUCAAUUGACUAGUGCAUAAAGUAACAGUCAAAAUAUUUUAUUAUACCAAUAUGGCAACGACUUGUAUAUAUGUAAAAUAAUACUAAAAUAGUCAUCAUGUAAAAAUAUAAAAUGCUAGAUAUAUAAUCUACUACUUUAAUUAUGUUGGCAACAUACUAGAAUACAUGAAUAUUUAUAAGCAUUCCUUUAGGUUAAUCAAUUGAUAGACGAGGAAACAAGGAGAUACAGAGGAUCAAAGAAGUACCUCGAACAUCUACCACCUGUUGUCUAUGAUAAGUUUUUGGUGGGUUCUGUCUAAGGAGUGAAUUGUUGACUUUUUAUAGGAAGACUAAACAUAAUCCAAUACAUUUGUAAACAUGCAUUAUGUUUAGUUGGACUAGUCAUAACAGAAUUCAUAACUAUGUAGCAUAUAUAAAUGUGAAUAUUUUUUGUAUAGACACCAGUGCUAAAGAAUGAGUUUGAUCGAAUAAGUAAACGUCAGCCAAUGGAUUUGUUAAGCAUGAAAAGGUAUGAAUAUAUUUAGUAAUCCAUUUUAGCGAUAUAUACAAUGAACUAAAUUACUAAAUAUGUAAUGUAUACAAUGGUAACAACCACUUAAAUUAAAGACAUUUCUCAACAAUGUGAUCCCUUUGUCUCAUGAUGAAUUUAAUAAUGUAGAUAUGAGCUUCCUCUUCCACCAACUGCACAGAAAAACGAUCUCACAGCCUGGCAAGAAGCAGUUGAUAAUUCCUCAGCACAAUUAGAACAUCAGGCAACAAGGUAAUGGAUACCAUUUUGUUCCUUAAUAAUCCACAACAUAUUUGUUAAAAACGUACAAUGGGCCACAUGUUUUUGUUAACUAUUAUGUGUUAUAUACCCUUUAAAUAAAGACUUCACUCAUGAUUUUUAUAGUCUUUAUAAUUUUCUUUCUGUUUGUGAUAUAGUGGAAAUUGAUUAAAUGUGAAACAAAGAUUUGAAUUGAUUUUAUUUGAUAUACAGGAUUUGUAAUCUGGAGCUAUUAUCAACAUAUGGAGCCAGGCAUGGCGGAUGA